UAUUUUGAAAAGGAUGACUGUUGGUGGAGUUAACGUAUCUGUCUCUUUUUGAAGCUGUUCAAUAUUUGGUAGAAGUUAAAGAAGAAAAAAAAGAAGAAGAAAUGGAAGAAGCAAAUGGAAAAAGUACUACUGAAAUCGACGAUGAAAAGGAUAGCGCCUGGUUAUACGAAGUCCUUGAUGGUAUUGGAGCGAACGAUGAGUAUAGGAAGAGUAUUCAACAAUGUGGCAUUACGUUUGAGAUUAUUUGUACUUUUGGAUCCGAAAAUAAAAAGAUGGCCAAUUAUGAAGUUGGCGGUAAAUGGGAAGGUACAUUAACACCAGGUGUUAAGACUGACUUUGAUGUUAUUUGGUGUGAUGACAAUGUUAGUGUCAUCGAGGACAUAUCAAAAGCUGUUCUAAACCGAUAUUCCUUAUUAAUCAUAAGAGAUCUUCAUACACCUGCUGGGUAUGUUAAAUUACAAAUCGUAAGGGGAAAAAAACCUGGCACAAUUACCAAUUUGUCUUUUUAUGACAGUCAUUUUAAAGGUUUGUUUGAAAUUGAUGAUUGUAAGCGAAUACUUCUGACUGAGAUUAUAGGUGAACAUAAAGAUAAACAACCGUACAUGCCAAGACCCAAGAACAAGCCUGCUGCAACCAUUGGAAAUUAUAAUGGUAUAAGUAUUGAUGUAGUCACAUGUUACAGGUCCAAACAGUGGCCUGUAGAGGCAAAUGAAUGGCUGACCAGACAAAGAUGCAAUGGAUGGUUAACAAAAGAUGUGAUCAAUGAGCUGAAAUCGCUUGGGUAUUUUCUUGUGAGAAAAGGUCACGUUUUGUCUAUCGAACAAAAUUUCGAAUGGAGAAUAUCUCUCUCAUUACAAGAACGGAAACUAAUAUUCGAUCUUACAGAUGUCCAAUUUAAAUGUUAUGUUGUUCUUAAAAUGUUUAAUCGUGAUAUUAUUAAUGUGGAAUGUAUAAGUUCAUACCAUUGGAAGACAUGUUUAUUUUAUGUGAUAGAAGAGAAUAAUUUGGAUGUUUGGCGACAAGAAAAUCUUUUUCAAUGUGUUAAGCUGUGUAUUAGGCGAAUGUUAGAUUGGGUUAGACAAGGUUUCUGCCCUAACUACUUUAUUCUCAGUGAAAAUAUGUUUGAAGGAAAGUUGCCUCACGAUUUGAGAACAUUGUCAGAAAACAAAUUAGUUAUACUUUUACGUGACGGAUGGAGUUUUUUGAGGCAUAUAAAAUCUGACAAUAUGUGGGAAUAUUUCGAAGCACGGAGGUCGCCCGAACUGUUUCAAAGUCUUCGGAUAGAUAGCAUUAAUGCAUAUAAAAACGUAAUAUGCAAGCUGAACAUACGAAUUGUCGAAGCUGCAAUGUGUGAAUUCUGUCUAUAUCUAACCUAUGAAAAACGCACAAAUUUAAUAGAACUUCUUUGGCUUAUGUUAGAUCGUAUUCAACAAAAAAAACAUAUUACUGAGCACACAACAGAAGAAACACGAUUUUCUCUAUCCAUCUUAAAACCCUUCAUCUACAUGAGCUUGGCUAGUAAUAUUUCUGCAAUGUGUAUUUAUCAACCAAAUAUUCUGGGUCGUAAUUUCCUUUUGUUAGGAUCUUACACAUAUUUCAUGAAAGGUGGAAUAACUGGAUAUCUGAAGUUUGUAUCUGUGUUGUACGCUCUUGGUUGUUAUAAAGAUUGCGAAUGGUUUUUAGAUCAACUCGACGAAGAAACAAUAAAAAAUAGUCGGUCUCACUGUAUUGGCCAUAGUUAUGAUAGUAUUUACGCUGAAAUAUCUCCGAUGGCUGUAAAUAGCAUUGGCAUUUCACAAUUAAGUAAAUCUUCAUGUGUUUCGUUUAUGCCAACUGAACUACCAAUUAUUCCUGACGCUGUAAAGUUUGAAGUGUUCAAGUACUCUACUAUUUCAUUAACGAAAAGCGAAAGAGAAGUUCCUAAAACGCCUUGGAGUUAUGGAGCUGUUGUUGAUAGGAAUAUUUACUAUUGUCUGCUCAAAUUCUUAAUAAAACUGAAAUUUAGUGGGGUCAAUUUGUCCGCGAACGAUAUACAUAAUAUUUUCCAAAUUAAAGAUUUAAGAAAUGUUAGACAUCCUGAAGUAGCCUAUAAUCUGUUGGCUUGGAGUUACUUCACUGCUGGGUUUACACCUUUAGCGCUAGAAAAAUUAACAAUGUCAUGGAAUCCGUUGCGUUAUUUGAUAGCAUAUUUGAAGGUUAAUAACAGUGAAAUUAAUUAUAAAAAUAACCAAUCAAAUGCAGCAAACUUGCAUGCGUUGGUUAUAUUGUACAACACGUGGUUCACCAGAAAGUUAUCCAGGUUCAAUUUCUGCUCUCAGUGUUUUUUGUAUAGUAAUAUAAACCUUAAAACAUGUAGCAAAUGCAAAACAGCCACAUAUUGUUCCGAAAAAUGUCAAGAAAUAAACAGGAAGAUUCAUGAAGCUGUUUGUAAAGAAGUGAGCAAGUACCAUACUGUUUGACUUUUGCAUAUAUAUUACUAUGUACAACUAACAUGACUACAUUGUUAUCUUGCUUGAACAAAAUUACAAACAUGUAUCGAAUUUAAUUUUGUAUAUAAUUGAAGGAGUUCCUGAGUUUUAGCUAUAUAGAGCCAUGUAAAUUAACUAGCUUCAAAUGAAAUGUGGAUUGUAUUGAGUGUUUAAUCUUUACAACAAGAAGUAGAGAACCCAAAUAAUUCCACAAACCAAACUAUUGUGUAUUAAAUCUCUCGUUUCUUUUUUUACAUUUUUACAAUAGACCUAAAAUGCACUAAAUAACUGACAACAACACUUUUUCAAAGUUAUUGCACGUUUACCAAUAGAAAAUUCAGAAAACUGUACGAACGUCGUAUAUCAAAGUUGUCAUAUCUCAUAUCCGAGUGUCAUUCCUAAUGUAUUUUUCUAACUUGGCAGAUUCUAGUUCUGCAUUACAGUUUCUCACUUUAUAAACAGUAUGAAUUAAUUAAAUUAAAGUUGAUUCUGUUACCUUACGAAAAUAAAAAUAAAAAUUUGACGAAUAGGAAUACAAAAUAAGUUGUUCAUGUACUCAGUAUAAUGUCCUCGUUACCAAAUUGAAAUGGUGUUCCUCUAUCAAUUACCUUCAUCAACUCUGAUGAAGGUUUUAUUUUUCAUUGAAAAUCUCACUUAUACAAAAAUGUUUAGCCGGUUUCCGUCAAGAGUGUUUGAUGGCGGAUAACUUUUUUUUAAUGACAAAAUUAAUGAAUUGUAAAAUUGAGAAUGGAAAUGAGGAAUGUGACAAAGGGACAACAACCCGACCAUAGAGCAGACAACAGCAGAAGGUCACCAACAGGUCUUCAAUGUAUAUUCAUGUAAUAAGUAACCAGUGGACAGUGUUAGGGAUUUAUAAUGACUUGCUAUAAAUGUUGUUUAUUGCAAAUCCUACGAUUAUAUAAUACUAUAUAGAAGUGCUUUGGCUGAUUUGGAUAUAUCAAAAUGCGUGUUAGUUUCAUAUUUUCUGUUUCAUAGCAGGUAUAAAAGAGUAACAACAUUUACAAUAUAUAUCGGCUGUGUUGUGUCAUUAUAUAUG